UUCAGGUGAUUUUCCCAGUUGGGAACUAUUUUUUCCAAUUAUUCCGACACCACAUGAAUGCAGCGUAACUAUCUAGCAAUAGGAGGCUUCCAAGAACAACAACGUCUGUGCUAUCAGUGAUUUUCCCUUUCCGUGGACGCUGGUUGUGAACAACAGGCAGCUGGACUGAUGCUGUUCUUCCAGCAUCUGAACUGAACCUGAACUGACUGGCAAGCUCUUCUACUGGUGAGACUCUGUUGCUGCCAUGUCAAGGCGAAGCAGGAAUAGUCGUGCAUGGCGAUAUGUUUGGGGUGGGAUACGACGGGAUGCUGAUGCUCAGGCACUUGAAGAAUGGAGCUAUGACGGCCUAGAGUACAGUGAUUCAGACUCUGAGGCGGAUUUUUCAGCAGUGAUGGUCCCUCCAGUCCCCAGUGCAGUGCCUGUCACCGGAGAGUCCUACUGUGGCUGUGACUCCCAGGCUGAGACUAACUACAACCCUCGUCUGCGAGGUUUUCACCAGGUUAAAGACUGCCACUGUGGAGAGGAUGACCAAGAGUUUGACUGGGUUUGGGAUGCCAACAGCCGAUCGACAGCAACAUUAUUGAGCUGCGACAAUCGAAAAGUGAACUUUCACUCUGAAUACAGCUGUGGCACAGCAGCAAUCCGUGGCUCCAAAGAGCUGGCUGAAGGGCAGCACUUCUGGGAGAUCAAGAUGACGUCCCCAGUGUAUGGAACAGACAUGAUGGUCGGCAUCGGUACUUCUGAUGUCAAUCUUGACAAAUACAGACACACGUUCUGCAGCCUGUUGGGAAAAGAUGCAGACAGCUGGGGUCUUUCUUACACUGGCUUGUUGCUUCAUAAAGGAGACAAGAUGAACUUUUCCUCCCGGUUCGGACAGGGGUCAAUCAUUGGAAUCCAUCUGGACACGUGGCACGGCACACUCACUUUCUUCAAAAAUCGCAAGUGUAUAGGUGUCGCUGCCACAGAGCUACAAAAUAAGAGGUUUUAUCCGAUGGCGUGCUCCACAGCAGCGAAGAGCAGCAUGAAGGUGAUCAGAUCCUGCUCUGCGUCCACCUCCCUGCUGUACCUUUGCUGUGCUCGCCUUCGCCAGCUGCUGCCAGACUGUAUAGACACCCUGGAUGUGUUACCACUGCCGCCCGGCCUUCGCCAGUUGCUCCACAACAAACUGGGUUGGGUGCUCAGUCUCAACAGUGGCACCACAGAUGGAGCCCCAGAUGGGCCCGAGCGCCCCCCACGCUUGCCUGUCCCCCCUUUGGCUGGACCGUCCUCCUCUGAGAGUGACUCAGAGGGUUGUACGUCUGACCCCGAAGCCUGUCAGAGGAAGAGAUGCCGCUGGACAUGACUGGACAGCUUGACUCCUACCUCCUCUUAAGCACUGGCAGACGUUAAUGUCCUGUGGCGUCUAAUCUAGUGUUUCCUACCUGCCUCAAGCUUUCCUCAACGUCAGUGUUAUCCAGUAGUGAAGAAAAUAACCAGGAUGGGAGUGGUACCUAGGUGGAAAACUGUGAAGGUAGUAUUUCUGCCUACACGCUUUUACUGUGAUCUUCUCUCAUGCCAUUCAGAUGUCUUCAUGCUCAUCAUACAUUCAGUAUCCAAAUCAGCUUUAGUAAUAAGUGAAAAGAUGUGGUGUUAUGUUGUUAGCUAUCAUAAUUUGUUGCAAUUAUGUAUGGGGAUUAGUGAAAUGGUGCAGGAAUGGACUGUACAGUGUAACACUGAAGUCAAGUAUGGCCACAUUUUGGUGGUCAUCAUGAUAUAUUUGCAUAAAGGGGGUUUAAAAAAAUGAGAGACUGUAUAUUUUCUGUGUUUUUAACCUGUAUGCAAAUAAUGUAUAUUGUUCUCAACCUCAAUGUUAUCAAUGCAUUAUCAUAAUAAUCUGUUACCUGUUUUAUUUGCAUCUGCAAUUUUUUUUGUUAGGUUGCCAAAGUUAGAAUGAGUGGGGCAGUGUGUCCUGCGAGUGGAACAGACAGGAAGCUGCACACAAUACGUCUCAGAAUAUUCUUUAUUUCUUACCCACAGAUUACAGCUCUUAAGCAAAAACUUAACAAUAACAACUAUCAAAAAAUGUUUAGACCAAUCAAAAACUUGAGAAAUGUUAGAAAGAGGUGAAAUGGACCUGAAUGUACUGUACUUUUAGUCCUCCAAAAAUUAAGAGACCCUAACCCUAACCCAUAGAGCAGCCAUCAUCUCAUCAACAACUCACACACCUAUGAUUCCUUUUCACAUAAUUCUAUAUUUCUUGAGAAAUAAAGUUACAAGUCAAACAUUUGUUACGUUUAUGGCAACAACCGUCUGUCACCAGAUUUAGAAAGUCUCCUGUUGAAAUGUUAUGCUUCUUAUUUGUAGAAACUCUGGAUUUUUUUUUUUUUUUUUUUUUUUACAGAUGUAAACAGUAGAAUACAUUAUUUGGUGUAGCUCUUUUAAAUCUGAUCAUGAGACAAGCAUGCCACUCAGAAGAUACUGCCACGCAAAGUAACUUUUCACUGCUGUUAUACCUUAUCGUUUUUUAGAACUUUUUAAAAAGUUAGUUUCUUUGAUUGACAAAAUGUGAUAUUAUGAGCAGUUUUAAUGUUUGUUUUUUUUGUACUGAUCUGCUUAUGCAAGUAUGUUCUUUUGGUUUUCCCAAAGCCUUGUCCCAUCACUUCCUUUACUAACUCCUCUUGACUGUAAUUCAUUAAGGUCGUACUCUAUUCUGAAUCCUUUUAACACUCAGCCCAUGUUGGCCUUACAGUUGGCUGUAAAAAGUUGAUGAUGAUAGUUAGAGGUUUUUACAGCAAAUUAGAAAAUUAGUUUUAAUAUGGUUACAGAAACGUCUCACACUGCUCCUGCGGCAUUAUCUACCACUCAGCUCUCUGUGUGCUUAGUGUGUUUCUAACAAUUUUUUUUUUUUUUUUUUAAAUAUGGCUAAAAACACUGUUAACAUAUUGAGCACAUGGAAGAACAGUAGGUGGAUUAUACCGCAGGAGUGGUUUGCAAUGUUUCUGUGGAUGUUAUGAUUUUUUCUUUUUUUCUCCGUGAAAUACAAACCUUUAUGGCCACCUUUCAAGCCGACGGGGGCUGAGUAGUGUUAAGAUCAAAUCAAGUAUAACUUGAUCAUAAAUGACUGAGAAGGUGAACGUUACCCCUUGGCUCGGGUAUGUAAAUAAUUCUUAUUUUUACUUUCUUCGGAGUAUCAAACCAUGCCAAUAUAAGUAUUAAAAUCAUGUUUGACCCAGAUGUUGAAGCCAACUGCUGCCUCAGUCACCAGUCUUUGAUCACGUUCACUCCUCAAGGAUCUUAAGUAGACAUACACAAAGAUUUAAGGUACUAUGCAAUACGGGCAUCUUAUAUGAUGUUUUCUUUAGAAGGAAUGCGUGUUUUAAGAUGAUGGAGGCACUGACACAACAACAGCAGUGAAGGUACCAGAGGACCGUGAUCAUUGGUGAUAUGACACACUUAAUCAUGUCCAGCUGUGUGAUUUAUCAGAUUUAUCCCUAAAGAUCUAGUAAUGUAACCACCAAGAGGUUAGUCGUAGUCCAGUAGAUGUAUUUUUGUGUCUUAUUUUCACAGUAUUUGUCUUCAUAUUGAUGCAUCCAAGCACUUUUUCUUACUGUUGUUAUGUAAAUAGAAAGAAAUUCUAAGUGUUUCUUCUGUACCAUGUCAUAUUAAUAAUACUGUAUGUGGAGGCCUUUACCCGCCUUUUUCUGUAUAACUUAUCAGCAUGAUUUUCAGCUGAAAAUAAAAUGAAUGCUAAAUAUGCA